AUGACAUUUGUGGCACAGGCAAUGUCCGUAGCACAGGCAAUGGUUUCAGGUAACGCCAUCGAGGAGGACAUCCCUAUAUUGGUGAAGUAUACGUUGACACCGACGGUGGCGGAACUCAACUUCCUCAAGGAAUGGCGUAAGGCCAUCACAACAGACCCUGUGAAGGAGAGACACCAGGUGGUGCUGAAGAUUGACACGGGAAUGUCCAGGAACGGGUGUCAGACUCACGACUUCCUCUUCCUUAUACAAUUCUGCCAGACACACGGUCUAACUAUCCACAGUGUGAUGACGCACUUUUCCCAGGCCUGGGACAACCCCUACUUUACCAAGCAGCAGCUGAACACCUUCAUGACCCUGGUAGGACCACUCAGAGCAAGUGGCGUGAAGGUGCAUGUCGCCAGCUCCGCCGCCAUCAUCAGAGGGUUGGGGACACAGCUGGACUUCAUCAGACCCGGGAGCUGCAUGUACGGGCUUCCUCCAGAACCCAUGUCGGAGACUGGUGAGUUGGUGGAGUCCCUGGGACUGAGACCCGUUCUCUCGUGGCGAGCUCGCCCCACCCUCAUCAAGCAACUGCCCCAGGGCAGGGUCGUGGGAUAUGACAACACCUACGUGACUCGGGCUACAGAGACCAUUGCAACCUUCAGUCUGGGCUAUGCAGAUGGGUACAGCAGGCUGUUGUCGAACAGAGGUGUGGUGUCUCUGGAUGAAGAUGGUCUCCAACUUCCGGUUGUGGGGACAGUGUCCAUGGAUGCCAUCACAGUCCGCUUGGAUAAACCAAAGCCUUCGUCCACAACGUUCAACAUCAUCACAGACGACUUCACCUCCCCCAACAGCGUGACAAAGAUGGCUGCCACAAUAAUUCCUCACGAUGUGACGACAAGCCUAGCUGCCAGACUACCUCGCGUCUUUGUGUCUGGCGGACAUGUUGUAGCUGUCACGAAAUCCUUGGUGACAGACGAGAGAUGA